CGCCUCCGCAGAUGGACCGGAGCGAAGGCAGCGCCAACGCCGGGCAGCCCGGCCCCGCCGAGCGGUCGCACCGGAGCAGCGUGUCGUCCGUGGGGGCCCGAGCUGCAGACCUGCUGGUGUACCUGGCGGAUGACUCGGCGGUGCCACUGGCCGUGGAGAGCCUGGCGUCCCUCACUGCCCACGAGCUGCACCGUGCUGUCCGAGAGGUCCUGCAGCUCCCCGACAUCGCCUUGGAGGCCUUCGCACUCUGGCUGGUCUCCCCGCUGCUGGAGGUGCAGCUGAAGCCCCGGCACCAACCCUACAAGCUGGGCCGCCAGUGGCCAGAGCUCCUGCUUCGGUUCACAGAUGCCCCAGACGAUGAGGUGGCCAUGGAUGAGCCUUCCCUGCAGUUCAGGAGAAACGUGUUCUUCUCCAAGCGGCGGGAGCUGCAGGUCCAGGACCCUGAGGUGCUUCGGCUGCUGUACGAGGAAGCCAAGGCCAAUGUGCUGGGGGCUCGGUACCCCUGUGACCCCGAAGACUGUGAGGCACUGGGCGCCCUGGUGUGUCGCCUGCAGCUUGGGCCCUACCAGCCAGGCCAGCCCGAGGCCGGCGCUCUGAGGGAGAAGCUGGACUCCUUCCUCCCCGCCCACCUCUGCAGGCGCAGUCACGGACUCUUCGCUGCCCUCCGGGGCCGCGGGGCCAAGGCUGUGCCGGGCGAGCAGGGGCUGCUGGCUGCCUAUCGCCAGGUGAAGGACGUGGCAGAUGGCGGGCCCGAAGCACCCCUGAGCACCCACCACCGUGCCUACCUGCUUAAGUGCCACGAACUGCCCUUCUAUGGGUGCGCCUUCUUCCAUGGCGAGGUGGACAAGCCGGCCCAGGGCUUUCUGCAGCGCGGCGGGCGCAGGCCCGUGUCGGUGGGCAUCAGCCUGGAUGGCGUGCAUGUCAUCGACAGCCGGGAGAAGCACGUGCUGCUGGGCCUGGGCUUCCAGGAGCUGUCCUGGGACCACACGUCCCCCGAGGAGGAGGAGGCUGCUCUGUGGCUGGAGUUCGAUGGCGACAGCGAGGGCACCCCGGUCAACAAGCUGCUCAAGAUCUACUCCAAGCAGGCAGAGCUGAUGAGCAGCCUCAUUGAGUACUGCAUCGACCUGAACCAGGCCAGCGAGCCCGCCGCCCCCAUGGGAGACGGGUCGGACCCCGCCCCCCAGCGCCCCCGGCUGCGGAGACAGGGCAGUGUGGUCAGCAAUCGCGUCCAGCACCUGGCCACCAUCGACUACGUGGAGGACGGGGAGCAGCUGAAGCGGGUGAAGCCGAAACGCACCACAUCCUUCUUCAGCAGACAGUUCUCGCUGGGCCAGGGCAGCUACAGCGUGGUGCAGCCAGCCGAAGGCACCGAGCAGGGCUGAGGGCCGGGAUGCCACAUCUACGGUGCCCCCAACACCUCUGCUGACCCCAAACACCACCGUGUCUCCCCGCACACCUACAACACCAGGCAGAGCUAACAGCCUAGAACCCCACAUGCUGGGAUCACACUGACCUUGAAGCACAGAAGUGAUUCUGGGCCUGGCUU